UUUCACAGAGAUGGCGUCGUUGUCCAGCAAGUUGUGCUGUUACCCAGGAUCUGCUGGUUUUCAGCUGGUCAUUAUACAAUGGAUGGAAGAGCAGACUCUUUGGUGAUGACUGUGCACCUGCUCGCCAAAUCUGGUUAUGCAUUACUCUUGCAGCAAACCCUCAGUCAGCUUCAGGAGUGGAUCUGCCUUGAUGUACGCCUUUUCCUUGUCUCAGAAGUCACUUCUCCAGUGAAGUAUUACGAGACAUACCGCCAAAAGAGCUCCAGGUUCCCUGGAACGUCUGUUCUGCUUUUCUUGCACGAAGACUCGGGGGAGGAACGGAUUUUCCAAGUCCACGACUUUUUCCAGCAGCCACCAUGGCACCGUGUCAACCUGGAAAGUGCUAAUGGGAAGCUGUCCUGGCAGGCUUUUGGUAGUCAGGAGUUCUACGGGCUGGAUGAGCACAUGCCAGUGUGGGGAGUGCGACAAGUUCAUUAUGGCACUGAAAUCUUGCGCAUCACGCUCUACUGUAGCUUUGACAACUAUGACGACGCAGUGAGGCUUUAUGAGAUGAUCCUGCAGAAAGAAGCGACUGUGCAGAAAAGCAGUUUCUGUGCCUUUGUACUGUAUGCAACAAAGAGCAUUGCAGUUCAGCUUUGCCUGAAGCAGCUGCCUCUUGGGCUGUCAGUCGACUUGAAGGAAUCUUCAGUGUUGCAGUUCAAGGUGCAUGAAAUUGGGCAGCUGGUCCCACUUCUGCCUAAUCCCUGUGUUCCUAUCAGCAGCACAAGAUGGCAAACGGAAGACUACGAAGGAAACAAGAUCCUGCUUCAGGUUCAAAACAGCUCAAAACCCAGUGGAAAGCAGGAUUCACUUCCCAGCUGGCUUAAUAAUGUGGGCGAGGAAGGGCUCCCCCAUUACUCCAACCCCUCCCCAUUAGCUGUGAGAAGAAUAGCUGUGCAGCAAAAAAGUCGAACUCUUCGAGCUGUGAAGAAUAAAAACAAAUCUACACGGAGUGGGGUGUGUGCUCCAGGAAGCCUUUGCAGUCCCUCACAAAGCCACUCCAGCCCUUCAUCCCAAUCAUGUUGUCGCACAGAUUCUUCUCUGCCUUCUUACAUGAACCUGAACACUCAGUUAAGACUUCCCAGCUGUGAACUCCAGUGUUGCAGGGAAGAAGAAGAAACUAAUGUUGACACGGGCUACAGAGUGGAACCUUCUGAAUGUGAUUGGUCUCCAUUAAGCCGAUUCUCAAGGGACCUGCAAGAUGGUCUUCCACCACCCCAGGAGUUAUGUUGUUCAUGCCCUGGUGCUGGCUCCACAAUCAGCUUGGAUGGACAGAUGGACAGAAACCAUCCAUCAUUACAUAUUACCAAAAUAAAGAAUAAAGGAUCAGUAGAGAUGCAGUCAGGUUCUCGACUAAGGCCAUCAAGAGCCAGCCAUGGGAAUGAAAAGGAAGAGGAUGAAGAAUUUUUUAUAUGA